CCUUUUCCAUAUUUCUCCACAACACUCAAACAAUUAACUUUCCUUCUGGAUAUACAAAUCAAAGUCCAGAAUUCUCAGCUUCUUUCUCUCUCCCUCCACCAAUGGCACCUACCGUGACUUCAGUGGAUGCAUCAGAACCCAAGGUAGCAAGCAUCAAAACCUUAGCCGACUCAGAUGCUCUCACUUAUGUACCUUCCGAGUACGCCUUCAUCAUGGAUCCCAACGAUAAGGGAGAUGCAAACGACCCUGAACACUCAAUCCCCAUCAUUGAUUUUGUUCUUCUCACCUCUGCCUCCCCAGAUGAACGGGCACAAAUGAUCCAGAAGCUAGGAAGAGCUUGCCAAGAAUGGGGCUUUUUUCAGGUGAUCAACCACGGUGUACCAGAGAGCCUGAUGAAAGAAAUGAUCGACGCGUGCCAAAGAUUUUUUGAGCUGCCGGAGGAGGAGAAGAAGGAGUUCCAUACAAAGAACCUGUUGGACCCAAUCAAGUGCGGCACCAGCUUCAACGUUGCAAUUGACAAAGUUCGUCUUUGGAGGGAUUAUCUCAAGGUCAUCGCACACCCCAAAUUCAACUCACUCUACAAACCUGCUGGGUACAGUGAAGUUUCAUUAGAGUUCAGCAAAAGAACCCGUGCAGUGGCAACCGAAAUAUUGAAUGGAAUAUCAGAGAGUUUGGGAUUGGAGGCCGAUUACAUUACCAACGCCAUGAACUGGGAUCGCGGCUGCCAAAUUCUUGCAGCGAACUACUACCCGGCUUGCCCACAGCCUGACCUGGCAAUCGGUAUUCCUCCUCAUACAGAUCAUGGACUGGUGACGCUGCUGAUUCAAAAUGAUAUGUGUGGCCUUGAAGUCAAGCACAAUGAUCAGUGGGUCUUGGUGAAUGCCGCACCGGGUGCUUUUAUUGUUAACGUCGGUGAUCAAAUGCAAAUUCUGACGAACGACAAGUACAAGAGCAUAUGGCAUCGGGCAACUGUGAACAACACAGCUACUAGGAUAUCGAUCGCCGUACCACAUGGACCGGCACUGGACACGCCUGCUCUCCCAAUCCCGGAGUUGCUAGAAAAGGAAGGCGAAAAAGCGAAGUACAUUGGAAUGACAUAUGAGAAAUUCAUGGAACUCCAGGCAAGCCCCGCUGCCUACAUGAUGCCUUGCUUGGAUCACCUGCGGGUCAAGGACAAUUGAAGAAAGUACAUGCAUGGCGGCCGGCUUGCCUGCGUUUCUCUCUUUUCUUUUUGUCGAAUAGAAUAAUAUACGCUCCUGUGAGAGCCUUGAUUCUCUGUCAGGGUAGCUUGCAGAGUUGUUGUCCAACGUUUCUUGCUAUGCAGGUCUUUGUCUUGUUUCGGUUACAAAUUCAUCAUAUUAAUUGAUUUCUGAUAGCCUAAAGAUUCCCAGCUAGGUAAUGUGUAAAUCAGUGAGACCUUAAAAUACAUCAGUCUCGUUUAUGUACCCCAACGAUAUACCGGAGUUUAAUAAGAUUUUAUAUAUGUUUAUAGCUUAGAAAUUCCA